AUGGCUUCUCUAUCUGAAGAUGAUAUUUCUUGUCCUGUAUGUCAGGAAAUCUUCAAGAAUCCUGUUGUUUUAUCAUGUAGUCACAGUGUCUGUAAAGAGUGUCUUCAACAGUUCUGGAGAACCAAGGAAACUCAGGAGUGUCCCGUCUGCAGAAGAAGAUCAUCAAGAGAUCAGCCUCCAGUUAGUCUUGUGUUAAAAAACUUGUGUGAGUCGUUCCUGAAGGAGAGAAAUGAGGUUCGUUCAUCAGGAUCUGAGGAGAUCUGUAGUUUACACCGUGAGAAACUCAAACUCUUCUGUCUGGAGGACAAACAGCCGGUGUGUGUAGUGUGUAUGAAUUCACGGAAACAUGACAAUCAUAAAUUCAGACCCAUCGAUGAAGUGGUUUCAUCAUAUAAGGAAGAGCUCAAUACAGCAUUGAAGUCAUUACAAGAGACACUUCAACACAAUGAAGAAAUGAAAGGAGAGUUUGAGAGAACAGUUCAACACAUCAAGUCUCAAGCUGAGCACACAGAGCGUCAGAUUAAACAGCAGUUUGAGAAGCUUCAUCAGUUUCUCAGAGAUGAAGAAGAAGCUACAAUCACUGCACUGAGAGAGGAAGAGGAGCAGAAGAAGCAGAUGAUGAAGGAGAAGCUGGAGGAGAUGAACAGACACAUCUCAGCUCUUUCACACACAAUCAAAGACACGGAGGAGAAGAUGAGAGCCAGUGACGCCUGCUUUCUGAAGGAGUUUCCGGUCUCGAUGGAAAGAGUCCAGAUCUCAUCACAGCCGGAUCCACAGACUCCUUCUGGAGCUUUGAUUCAUGUGCCACGUUACUUGGGGAACCUGUCCUUCAGAGUCUGGAAGAAGAUACAGGACAUCGUCCAGAACACUCCUGUGAUUCUGGAUCCAAACACGGCUCAUCCAGAUCUCAUCGUGUCGGAUGAUCUGACCAGUGUGAGAUACAUCAGGAUCGAUCAACCUGUUCCUGAUAAUCCAGAGAGAUUUGACUGUGAUGAAUGUGUUCUGGGUUCAGAGGGUUUUAACUCAGGAACACACUGCUGGGAUGUGGAGGUUAAACACAGUAAAUACUGGAGUCUUGGAGUAACUACAGCAUCAAACCAGAGGAAGGGUUGGGGUUUCUUUAACACUGAUGUCUGGAGUGUGUGGUAUGAUCAGAUUGGUCUCUGGAGUUUUGUGUACGGACUGUCUCCAGAGUCUGGUGUUCGUGUUAAACGUAAUCUUGAUCGUGUGAGAGUGAAUCUGGACUAUGAGAGAGGAAAAGUGUCAUUCUCUGAUCCUGUAACUAACACACAUCUACACACAUUCACAACCUCCUUCACUCACACACUCUUCCCUUUCUUCUGUAAUUAUGAUUAUUCUUCUUCCUCUCUGAGGAUCUUAUCGAUCAGUAGUCAGUAAUCUUUAGCUCUGGAUCUUACUGCUUUCAUCUUUCAUCAUGUUUUAAUCACAUGAGUAAGAGAUAAGUUCUACAGUUAUACUUUGAUUACAGUUAGAUAACGUGAGAAACAUCUUAAUAGCGACCAUAACCAGGUGCUAACUUUCAUAUUUGUAAGUUUUUUAGUCUUUCUGCAAUAUUUCUCUCCCUGAUGAAUGAGUUUCAAUUAAAGACUCUUUAGAUAAUAAAGAGGUUUUUUUGGGGGGAGGGUGGGGGGGGGUAAAUGUCUUUUAUAAUAUUCACUUAUAUUGUAUGCUUAUGUGAAAAAGGAAGAUAACAGCAUCAAUGUUUAAAAUUUCUUGAAUUAUGAACAAAUAAAUUCAGUUUUAAGUUCUUGUCAGACUCAGACGAGGACACAGAGGA